AUGGAAGAUAUUCCAUGCGAAAACGUGCGUUGGGCAGAUUCACAAGUAGAAAUCUUCAACUUCGAUGCAGCAAUGCGAGAAAGCGUCAGAAAAAUCGCUAAUGACUUCCGCGCCUUGGUCGCUCAAGGUAGAGCUGGAGAAACAACGCCAGAUGGGAAACGUCCGGUUAGGCAACCACCAGCUAAGAACAUGAAACGUCUGGCGUGGAACGACACUCUGGAAGAGCUUGCAGUGGAUUUGGCUCGUUCGUGCGAAUUCGAACAUGAUACGCGUAAAAAGGAACCCUAUUACGGUAAAUUUGGCCAGAACCUGGCUUUCGAGUCCGCUCCACUAGACACUGUGUACACGAAGGACGUUGUGCUGAAACUCGUGAAAAGUAUGUCUCAAAGUUGGUUUGAUGAACACUACGAUUUUCGGUACGGUCCGCUGCCCUCUGGAGUCAUGAUGUCGUACCUCCAUUAUACACAAAUGGUUGCAGAGAAAACCAGCAGCAUCGGCUGCGCUUUCGCCGUGUGCUGGCCGCUGAGAGGCUAUGAAAAAAACAACUACUACAAAUACGCUUAUUUCGUAUGCAACUACUCUCCAAUGGGUAACUGGAUUGGACAAGCACCUUAUGAAAGUGGUAACCAAGAGUGCACGGAAGCGGGAUACACGCGAAAGGAGGCAAACGGUCUUUGUUCCCCUAACACUGGCCCUCUUGUAAAACAGAGACCUGUAACCUCCAAAACUACAGCGGGACAGACCAAAGGAAGAACGGAUGCUCCAAAGCUGCAGACACCAAAUGGUAAUGAAGAGUACACAACGUUUCUGGCGCACCAUACGCAAAACUUCGUGGACUCGUGUUCAUUGAGAGACGAUGUAGACGGCUUGAACGUGAACAUUGCAACGACCACGUCAAGAACGAACGUUUCUCCGAAAUUAAAGAUGAAGAUAGUCGUAGGAAGCCUCAAACGCUGGUUCAAUGAAGAGAAGAACUUUGUGUACGAGUCUAACUCGUGCGCAAGUGGCAAAGUUUGCAAAAAUUUCCGACAGAUGAGCGCUCAAGGCGUUACACGCUUCGGAUGCGCAAUGACGGAAUGCCCCCAGGUAAAAAGUACCACAAACAAAUAUCAGAACCCGGAAAAGAAGUACUUGUACUUCGCUUGCAAGUUCCUCAAAACGAUAAAUGCAGCAACCACGCCACUGUAUGAAAAGGGCAAGCAAACGUGCUCAAUCGCCGGUUAUCCCCAUUUGGACAAAAAUGGACUGUGCACUGCCACGUUCAACGCGAAAAACACACUACGUACCUACGGCCAGUCAUCGUAA